GGCUGGUGGAGAGACGUGAACCUGUCACUGCUUCCUCUGUGUAGUAAAGCUCCAUUAAGCUGCUGCACAGCUACCUGCAGGCAUCACACACGCGCACGCGCUGCUAUACAGAAAGCUGUGCGUGCACACGCGUGUGUACGCACAGCUUUCUGUAUAGCAGCACCGUGCGCAUGUGUGUGAUCUUCCACCUUUGAGCGCUUUGCAUCUUUUUUUUACCUGCAGUGGACAUAACGCACUCACGCGCCCUGUCACGCACGCAAGCACGCUCGUGUGACUGAGUGAGUGCGCGUGCACGCGGCGGCGGCGGCGGCGGCAGCAGCAGCGGCCGCGGCAGCAUCAGCAUCAGCAGCACCGAGGGAGCAUCAGUACACCAAAAGCCCGGAGAGGAUUGGACCGGAGCGGCGCGGCGCGGCGCGGAGCGGCGGGGACGCGGCAGGAAUUAUGAAGCUCGGCCGCCAUGUCUAAAGCGACGGUGAAGAAGCUGCACUGGCGCUCCAAGGUGCAGGAGAGUUUUGUCCCUCUGGGGGGCACCGGCUCCGGGGAGCUGGGGCUGGCCAUCGGGGGCGGGGCCGACUACGGAGAGUUCCCCUUCGUCACCGCCGCCCCCGGGGGCGGGGCCACUGUGAGCGACAUCAUCUUGGAGAUCGGGGCGCCCGUGUUGGGGAUGACCCUCGGUGAUGUCAGAGGAGUCCUCAACUCCUGCCCCCAUCCAAUCAGAAUCAAGACCGUCUCACCAGGUUCGUCUCUGUGUAAAGACCUCAGGUUGUACCUCAGUAAGUGUUUCACUCCAGGAUCCAUGGACAGUCAGCUGCAGCAGCUCAUCAGAGAGAACCUGUACCUGCGUGCCGUACCCUGUACGACCCGGCAGCCUCGGGACGGAGAGAUCUCAGGUGUGGACUACAACUUCGUGUCCAUCGAGGAGUUCUUCUCUCUGGAGGAGUCUGGAGCUCUGCUGGAGAGCGGCAAGUUCAAAGGGAACUACUACGGGACGCCCCGCCCCGUCCACAUCGGCCCGGAGAGUCCACCAAUCACGUACCAGGAGCACCGGAACCUGCUGAGGAACUUCAGGACGAGGAGCAAGUCUCUGAGCAACCUGGAGAAGGCUGUGGAGGAAGGAGACAACAGCGAGGAGGACAGCGGACUCUCAGGGUCGGCCGGAGCCCCGCCCACCACCCUGCCUCUCAGCCAAUCCUGGGAGUCGGCGGCAGGAAGUCGAGAGGGAACGGAGAAUGGAGUGAGGGCAAGAGGAAGAGGAGUAGGAGGAGGAGGAGGAGGAGGAGGAGGAGGAGGUCCGCUGCCUGAGAACUGGGAGCUGGCCUUCAGUGAUUCAGGGGAGCCCUACUACAUAGAUCCCAGACUUACGGAGCAGCCCAGCCAGCUGAAGGGUUAUUCCAUCCACACUCGUCUUCUUCUAAAGGACCUCGAGGCUUCGGCUUCAAACAUUGUCGGAGGAAGUCGACCUCGAGAGUUUUCUGCAGGUUUACAAGCGUUACACCUGGAGGACCACCCUGCUCUGAACACAGCUGACAUCCUGGUCUACAUCAACGACUCCUGUGUGCUGGGUCGCUCCCACAAAGAGGUGGUGGAGAUGCUGAAGUCGGUGCCGAUGGGCCAGAGCGUGGACGUGGUGCUGAGGAGAGGAUACCCGAUGCUCUACAACCCCGACGGCUGUCCGAAGCAGAGUCUGGAGACGCCACAGACUCCCAGCGAACCCUCCAACCAGAACCGAGGCCUGACCCACCUCACCUACAGCUGUACGCUGGACUCCACGGCAGCACGCCAGGACCGGCACAACCCGCCUUCCUACGCCACUCAGCCAAUGACAAACGGACUGGCAGGCCCACCCACCCCAACAUCUUCUGACCCCCGCUCGCCACCACCCCCUCCAGAGAGGACGCCGCCCAAUCACAGUGACUCUGACGGUGGCCUGUCCAACGCUGGAACCCGAAGGUCGUCUCUGAGUCGCUACAACAGCAGCACUCUCCCCACCUUCUCCUCCUCCUCCUCCUCACGUCAGAGCUCCAAGUCCUCAGAGAGCGACCUGUCCACAUCCACAUCCCAUGUUCUCCUCCCACCACUCCCCAACACGUCCUCAUCCUCCCACACUUUGUCCAAACUGCCCCUCUCUCAGCCUGAGACGGGCCUCCUCCAGAACUCCACCAGCUCCUCCAACACCAUCAACAACAACCCGUCCUCCUCCUCCACACCUACUGGACCUCCUGUGCAGCGCCCACCGAUGCCCCAGACCUCCCUUGCCCUGACCCCUCCUAGAGACAUCCCUCCCUGUGGUUUUAACGGUUGUCCAGCCAAUCAUCAAGCGCCCUCCCCGGCCUCAAGGGGAACCCAGGGACUGGUGCUGCCCCUUGGGGCUGGGUCGCCCAGAUCGGGCCUCAGUGGAGAACUUGUGCCGGUGGCCCUCGGGCGCAACGAGGGCGGGGGGCUGGGGUUCAGCGUGACAGCUGGAGGACAAGGAGGUCAGCAUGCGGUGGUGAGACGGGUUUGGGAUCGGAGGCAGUGCCCCUCGUUGCAGCCAGGAGAUGCUAUUGUGAAAAUCAAUGGAGCAGAUGUGCAGAGCCUCAGUUUCUCCCAGGUCCAGAGAGUUCUGCAGGAACACACCAAACAGGGAGAGGUGGUUCUGCUGGUCUACAGAGGAGGCCCUGUCUCUUCUCCAGUUGUCACCCCCAACCUGUACAAGCCCCUCCCAUCCCCGCAUGGUCCCACCACCCCUCUUCCUCCUCCCACCCCCACCACUUCAGCCGACUUGCCUUCAGCGUCCACGGGUGCCUUGGUGGGGGGCGUUCCCCUGCUCAGCCAGGCCGGCUUGGCCCUCGAGAGUCCCCAGGAGGGCCACCUACCAGCUCCAGGGAACCACCAAGGAGCCUCUCCUGCUCAGACGCCCAACGGGCCCCCAGCCUCAGCCCUCAUCCAGAGCACCAGCUUCCUGGAUUCAGUUCCGGUGACGUUGACCUUAGAGCCACGUGACCUGCUGGGCGUGGAGGAGAGCGGCCGGCGGCCUCCUCCAGCCAGAGAGGGUGGAGCUCUGGGAGCUAUCGCCAAGGAUGGGAGAGGAGGAGGCAGAGCCAAGACGAUGGAGGUGGAGCUGAGGCGGCGGCCAGGGGAGGGCUUUGGAUUCGUCAUUGCCUCUCAGGAAGUGAAGCGGAGGCGGCUGCAGUCGGCUCUGAAAACGGUCAAAGACUCCAAACCCCCCUCCCUGAUGUCCCAUCGCUUCGUGACGGUGCGUCGCGGCAGCCCGGCGGCUCGCAGUGGACAGAUCCAGCCUGGAGACCAGCUGGAGGCGGUGGAGGGACGACCUGUUGGAGGUCUGCAGCACCGAGACCUGGCCCAGAUCCUGAGGAGGGCAGGGAACACGCUGAGGCUGAGCAUCACGCCAAGAAACCACUCCUCCUCUCUGUCAGAAGGAGCUGAUCUCGACAUCGACGGCAGAAUAAUCAAAGGAUCCAGAAGGCCAAAGGAUGAGUCCAGGUUCUACAGCGUGGAUCUGGAACGCGGUCCGACCGGAUUUGGGUUCUCUCUGAGGGGGGGCAGCGAGUACAACAUGGGUCUGUAUGUACUGGGUCUGAUGGAUGGGGGUCCGGCUCAGCGCAGCAACAAGAUACAGGUGUCCGACCAGCUGGUGGAGAUAAACGGAGACAGUACAGCAGGAAUGACCCACAGUCAGGCCGUGGAGCAGAUCAGGAGGGGAGGCCACCGGAUCCACCUGGUCCUCAAGAAGGGCAACGGAUACGUACCCGACUACGGCCCUGAGGAAGGAGCCCUCUCCCCCUCCUCCUCCUCACACACCGAGGAGCAGGAUGUGGAUACGGUAACCAUGACAACCGCCUCCCUCAGUCGGCAACCAGGAGGAGGAGGAGGAGAGAGGAGGACGAGGAGGAAGAGGAGAGAGGGAGAAACCAAACAGAAAACAGGAUCAGGAGGAGGAGAAGGAGGGUUCGGACCUCCUGACCUGGACCUGGACCUAGUGGAGGAGAAAGCACGAGAGGAGGAGGAGAGAAGGAGGAGGAGGGAGGAAGAGGAGGAGAGAAGGAGGAGGAGGGAGGAAGAGGAGGAGAGAAGGAGGAAGAGGGAGGAAGAGGAGGAGAGAGAAGAGAAGGAGGAGGAAGAGGAGGAGAGGAGGAGGGAGGAAGAGGAGGAGAGAAGAAAGAGGAGGGAGGAAGAGGAGGAGAGAAGACGGAGGAAGGAGGAAGAGGAGGAGAGGAGGAGGAGAAAAGAGGAGGAAGAAUGGAGGAGGAGGAAAGAGGAGGAAGAGGAGAGAAAGAGACGGAAGGAGGAAGAGGAGGAGAGGAGGAGAAGAAGUCAAACAGUCAGGCAGAAGAAGCGGGACAACCAGAGGGAGCAUGGCAGGAGGAGCAGGAGCUUACCCAGGAACGGAGCUCGAUCCUGGGACUCAGCGCCAGAGGAAGGGGUGGAGGAGCACAGAGGAGGAGGAGAGGGGGAGAGGAGGAGAAGGAGGAGCGAGACGAAGAGCCAGAGGGGGGAGGAGAGAGACGACGGUGCCGCCCGACACGCUAGGCAUGCUGGGAGCUCGGCUGCAGCUCAGAAGGCGGCGUUCUCCUUCCUCAUGCCGAUGGACGACGACGAGCAGCCGUCCGACAGCGAAUCAGCAGCCAGCUUCUCAGAGGUCAGCCAAUCAGCAGCCAGCAGCACCACCGGCGGGUGGAGGGAGGAGUGGGGGAGGACGGAGUCGGCGUGGCGACAGGGACACGCCCCCGGGCCGUGGCUGAAGCCGAGCCCACAGAGACUGACCCAGGUUCUGAGUGGCAGCCGGCUCAGAGGGCGGGAACUGCUCUCUCUCUGAUUGGCCAGCAGCAACCGCAUUCUUUGUUUUUAAUCGGAUACUUAAAAGGGCUUUUUUGAUUGGCCUGCUGAGAAAAGCCCCGCCUCCUCUUGUGUCUUAUUGGAUGAUAUUACUGUUUGUGAUUGGAGGAUGAGACGCAAGCAGGACAAGAUUUGUGAUUGGUUGGCAUUUUUGAGGCCUCUGAUUGGCUUCAUUCUAGAGUUACCCAUCAUCCCUCACUGCGCCCUGAGACCUGCAUCAUGAAGCCACGUCGGCACGCUGUUUCCACUGCAGGAGCAAGAGUUUUAUUUGCCACCAAUCAGAGUAGGAAGUACAAAAAUGUCCAAACAAAACACUGACCCGAUUCAGGACGAACAACAAGAACCGCCUUUCUUCUGCCUUUUAAACUUCAUCAUCACAAACUGAUUCUGUCGCCUCAUUGGUCCAUUGAGAAAAGAAAGACUUGGCUAGAUGUAAAUGCUGUGAACUUUGGGCCUGAGUUCCUGCAGUGGAAAGUAAACUCUGAUGCUCUGAUGAAGCUGGUACCCGUAACCAGGGAGGCAGAUCACCAUGGCAACUAGGAAUACAUCACAACGUUAACCAGUGUAGGGCAGGAACACAUAUAAUUAUACUAACAUUUACUAACUCUAUUUCAUCAACUAAAAACUGCCAUAAAAAUAUGCAAAAUCAGCACGAAAAGAUGCUGAAUUACCACAAAAAAGAUGCUGAAUUACUGCAAAAAGAUGCUGAGUCGCCACAAGAAGAUGCUGAAUCACCAAUAAAAGACACAAAAUCACCACAGUAAGAUGCGAAAUCACAACACAAAGAUGCUGAAUCACCAUAAAAGAUGCUGAAUCACCACAAAAGAUGCUGAAUCACCAUAAAAAAGAUUCUGAAUCACAACAGAAAGACACAAAAUCACCAUAUAAAGAUACAGAAUCACCACAAAAAGAAGCUGAAUCACAACAAAAAGAUGCCGAAUCACUAAAAAAAGAUUAUAAUCACCACAGAAAGAAGCUAAAUCACCGUAAAAAGAUGCUGAAUCACCAUAAAAAGAUUCUAAAUCACCACAGAAAGUAGCUAAAUCACCAUAAAAAGAUGCUAAAUCACCAUAAAUAGAAGCAAAGUCGCCACAAAAGAUGCUGAAUCACUGCAUUAAUGUCAUAAAAAUCACCUGGUUUCAGGUAAAUCUGACAUCAGGACUCCGUAUUUGACUCUUUUACGAGUAAUGUUUGGUCUCUCAGUAACCGAUGGAGACUAGAAGCUUCACUGAGCACAGCCAGCUAGUUAGCUUGUAGCAUGUGAGGCAUUCAGGGAACAUCUGUAAAUUGCAGCGUCUCUUGAUCGACAGGUGUUUGUCCAGUGAGGACUUUUAGUGAUAUUAAACCUCUAGGAGAUGCUCUGAUUUCAAAUGAAGGUUAUUUUAGGUCCUACUGUGAUGCAGAUUUGUGCACGGAGCACAACAUGGAUUUAAAUGUAAAAAUGUAGCAAAAAUACUACAUAACAUAUAUUUAUAUUGCUAUGUAACAUUCUGUCUCUAAAACCAAUAUGUAAUCAUGAUGAAUAAUCCUGAGUAUAAUUUUGGUCACAUUCAUGCAGCCUCAUCAGAAAUAACACCGGUCAACAACAAAUUUAUUGUUUAAGUUUAAGUUUUUUGAGCUGAUUUAGGAUAAUUUUGGUGUGCUGAAUCCAAAAAUCACCUUGGUUUCGCUCACUCAGGUCAACUUUCUGAACUAUGGAGGCCAGGUAUCAGGGACGCUGGGAUGCAGUCAUGAUGGCUGAUUACUGCUGGACUCUGAAGAGAGACAUCCUGCUGCUGAGCAUUCCACGGGUUCAAAGAAACGAAAGUUCACGCCCUGAAUUUUGCACAGUGACGACUUAUUGUUGAAUUUACAUGUGCUUAUCUUUAUCAACGUCUAUCAUUCAAUUCACAGAAAUUAAAGUUUGUAACACUUAAUAAAUACAUCCUGUUAGAAAAUGAUUUUUUUUUCUUUUAAAACCUAUUUCGGGUGAGAACUACAUAGACAAUCAACUGAUAAAGUCACAAAAAUAUAAUCGAUUUUGUGAGAAGAUCAAAUUUUUCAAAAUCAAAUUAUCAAAAAAACCUGACCUGAUUGAGAAAAAUAAGUGUUAUAUUUGGAUUUAGCCGUGCAAAAUGGUCCUAAUUCAGUUGAAAAAACCUAGACAACUUGCAAAAAAAAACUUGUAACCCAGUGUAAUUUUGCAGGAGUUAAAAUGAUGCCGACCACACCAACAAAGUAUUAGCAUUAGCAUUAGGGUUAGCCUUAGCAUUAGUUACAACAUUAGUCAUGGACUAAUAUUUUAGUGUCCUGUUGACAAAAUGAGUCCAACUUUUGCCUUUUUAAUUUAAAUUUGAACAGAACCACUUUUUUUGCAGGUCCCGCAAACUUAGCAUUAGCAUUAUGGUUAGCAUUAGCUACAACAUUAGUCAUGCACUAAUAUAUUAGUGUUUUGUCAACAAAAUGAGUCCAACUUUUGCCUUUCUAAUUUAUAACUUAACAGAACCACUUUAUUUGCAGGUCGAGCUAACCUAGCAUUAGCAUUAGGGUUAGCGUUAGCAUUAGCUACAACAUUAGUCAUAAUGUGGACUAAUAUCUUAGUGUUUUGUCGCGAAAAUGAGUCCAACUUUUUCCUUUUUAAUUUAAAUUUGAACAGAACUAUUUUUUAGCAGGUCCAGCUAAGCUCACGGUGACAUCUUUUUGUGGUGAUUCAGCAUAUUUUUGUGGCAACUCAGCAUCUUUUUGUGGCAACUCAGCAUCUUUUUGCGGUGAUUCAGCAUCUUUUAGUGGCAAUUUUGCAUCUUUUUGUGGUGAUUUAACAUCUUUAGCAUUAGCAUUAGGCUUAGCAUCAGCAUACCAUGUGUGUCUUUAUCUUUUAUUUUUUAUUUCUACAUAGCUGCGCAGAUUCAUUUUUUCCAAACUGAGUAAUCCAAGUCAUAAUAUUCCAACAUAUAUAUCCCAAUAACCUAAAUAUUAAUCAGUUUCUCGGUCCUAGUGAUGCUGUACCUGGUUACCAUGGUGAUCAGGGAGCCAGCUUCAUGAAGUUGAGUCUAAACUCCCUCUGAGUUUUAGUGUUUUUAUAUUUUCCUACAUCAUCCUGAGAUCACAGAUUAUUCGAUUCCAACAGAUUAACGAGUGAAGUUGUGAUCCAGGCUCCCGUUCUGCAGACAGACGUGAUGUUUUACCGGUUUUAAAUGUCACGUCUGUUCUGUUCCUGGCUUCAUCAUCGUCAUCGUCAUCAUCAUCCUCUCCUGCAUCCCUCCGACUCUUUAAAUCGUAUGCAAGCGAGACGCCAGCCAGCGCUGUUUCUCUUUCUCUGUGUAAUCUGAGCAUGUGAAUAUCACUGGAAUGAUUUUUUAUUUUUAUAAAGCUGAACGUGUAAAGGUUCCAUGACAUUAUUAUGAAUAUUAUGAAUAUUAUAGAUUAAAUAGAGGCGGAGAUGGUUUGAUUUGCCUGCUUGCUUGUAAAAACAAAAAGAACAAAUGUUGCCCUGAUGAUAAAACAGAGCCAUACACACACACACAGAUGUCAGGUCCAGCUGUGGUCCUGUCGGCUGUCAACAACCAUAGCGUCACCAUGGCAACAUGACCUGUCUCUAUAGCGACAGCCGUGGUGGAGCGGGACGACCUGCAGCUCUGGAUCAUAACAAGUGCCUCAUUUUAUUUCAGCCUUCGUCCUGCGAGCCGUCGCCGAGGAGACGCCGCCGCCGCACCUUCUGUCCAAGUCAAGACCCUUCAGACGCCGCCAUUUCCCAUCAUGCACCUCAACUUUCCGAGUCUCACAGUUCAAUCAGGGCUGCAGCUAACGGUCGGCUUCAUUAUCGAUCAGUCUCCUGUAUUCUGCAGCUUUUACUGGGAUAAGUUCAACAGUCUCACAGAAUUAUCUCAUUGUUUUUGACAACAGAAGGAACAAAUGUCACAACUCUGAACCGAUCCGACCUGAUGGAGACUAGUGGUUCUAAUUAAUUAAAGUUUACUCAGAGUUAACAACAUGUAGACUGACAACAAGUCACUUAAAACCAACAGCAAAGGAGUCAAAACAUAGACACAAAUCAACCACACGGAGAGAGAACCAAACACAAAGAGAUGUAAAAUUAACAUAAAAAGAUGCAAAAUAACCCCAAAGAUACACAAAAUGACCAGAGAUACACAAAACAACCACAAAGAGACACACUUACUAAAAAAUAGAUAGAAAUUGUCACAAAACUGUGCCAAAGAACUGCAGACACACAAAAAUCAGAAAGAGAAGCAAAUUAACCAGAAUCAGUCGACUCCAAACUAACCGAUGUCAAUAAAGUUGUUGUUUCUGCAUUUUGUUUAAACUUUACCAACAUCAGUUUGUGUAUCACAGCUCAACAACCAACAUGUCAGAUCACCUAAAAACAGAACCUAACUAUGUGCAGCUGAUCUGCUUCCAGUCUGUUCUGAUCAUGACAGCAUGAAACCAAAAAAAAUGUGCAAAAUCACCACAAAAAAACACAAAAUGACGGCAGAUAUAAGCAAAAUCACCAUAAAAAGGCACAAAAUCACCAGGCCAAGAUGGAAAAUAACCACAAAAGGAUGCGGAAUCACCACAAAAAUGCAAAACAACCGCAAAAAAACGCAAAAUGAUCCCGUAAAGUGAAUAAAAAUCAGGUGGUUGGAGCUAAAUCUGACAUUAGAUCAGUGUUCAGCGGCGUUGGGUCUCUGAGCUGCUGACGGAGACUAGAAGCUUCUCUGAGCAGCUUCUACUGAGGUGUUUAGGGACCGUCUGUAAACCGUAGCGUCUAUCAAUAAACAGAUUUAACUUUUACUUUACAGUUUGCCUCUCUGAGACGUUCUGAAGGUUGUUUGAUGCAGAUUUCUAUACUAGCAGGAAUGUAGCACAACAUGAAGCGAAAGCAGCGCUCCGUUUGUCCGUGAAAAUAAAUUGUGUAUAAAAAUAAUUUGUCCAUUAAUGAAUGAGUAAAUGUUUUAACCCUCCUGUUGUCCUCAUUUACGGGCACCAAAAAAUAUUGUUUCCUUGUCUGAAAAAAAUCCCAAAAUUCAGUCAAAAAAAAUUCCUCAAAUUUCUGAAAUUUUGCAAAACCUUCAGGAAGAAAAUUCCAGUAAUUCCUUAGAAGUUUUAUUUUUUUAAAAUCCCCCAAGUUUGGCAAGAAAAUCCUUGUAAAUAUCUUCAAAAAAAGAAUAAAAAUCUUCCCAAAAAAUCCUGAAAAUAUCUAAAAUGAUAAUAUAUAUAUCAGUAAAACUUCUGAUAUUUUUUUUAAGAACAUUCACAUGAAAAUCAACCAAAAUCCAGCAAUUUUGGUUGAUUUUUAUGUGAAUGUUCUUAAAGAAACAUUUUUAACAUUUCCUUUUCUUUCACCAAAAAAUGUUUAAAAAUUUCCCCAAAAUGUUGAAAAUGUGACAUCAGAGGUUUCACUGUGAAAAUAUUUUUUUCCCCCCCACAUUUUCAAACUUUAAAACGGGUCAAUUUGACACGAGUGUUAAACAAUCAGGCAGCAUAGACUGUUCUUUUUUGGACAGAGUAAAUAACCAGCAGAUCCGUCCAUAAUGAAAUAAUCGUUAUUCGCAGCCCUGAGUGAGACGUCAUCUCUACAGCUGAUUGUGUUUCUUCCAUUUCCACUUUUCUGAUAUCUGAUCGAUAAUUCUAGCGGAUCAGAUUCGUAUGUUUGGAUUAUUUAGCUCAUGAAGAGUCAGAUGUCGGACACAAACCGUCUCUGCAGCAGCUGCUUCCUCCUGGUUUUACAUUUAUUUACUCACAGCUGAAGAACUUCACAUGGAAACCUCACACAGUUACCGACCUGGACUAGUAUAUUUAUUAGAGCUGAAACAAUUAUCGAUUAGACCUCAGCUAUUUAAUUAAUCACCAGCUGUUUGGGCAUUUGAUUCUUCAGUUUGAGUAUUUUUUUAAAUAAUAAAACAGUCUAAAUUCUGUGAUUGCAGCUUCUUAAAUGUAAAUUUAAACAAGACAUUUCUUAUCUUCCGCUCAAAUCAACAUUAUGUGACAUUUCAGACACCAAACAGCUGAUCGAUUAAUCCAGAAAACAAUCAACAAGGACGAUAAUCAUUAGCAGCAGCCGUAUUAUUUACAAGAUUUAAACAGACAUUAUUUUGUUAGUAAUCUUUUUAAAGUCUAUAUGAUACUUUAAUAACAGCAGGAGAGGAGGUUAAAGGAUAAAUUUAUUAUUUCCACAAACAAAGCAGCUCUUUAAAACUUAUAAUUCCAUAUAUUUGUAGCUCAUAAGCUGCUAAUAAUUCUGUGGUUUUCUGAUACUUAGCUUAAACAACGCGGUGUCCAGCCAGCAGGGGGCGCUGCUGCUGCACAGACAGGUUUAUCCAGAUGUAAAUAUCUUCCAUCACAUUUUACUGUCUGUCCAUUCACACCAUCAGCAGCUAAACUACGUCUCCCACAAUGCCCUGCGCUGCCCUUUAGCCCCGCCCCCAGCCUGCUGUCUUUAAGGGCAUUUGGAUCUUCUAUGCAUUUUCUAAGACUGUCUGCCGGCGAUCAAUCCUCCGAUCGGAGGACUCUAUCAACAGGUCUGAAUAUUCAGGUUCUGGUCUCGACAGACCAGGAGCAGGACUUCGUCACCACGCCUGCUCUGAGACGGCAGGACGGACACGAUGGACGGAUGUCGCUGAACUGUGGGUUUAAUAAAGUUUUUAUGUCCAGCUGUAAACACAGAACUGACGAUCAGCUGACCGCGGCCUGUUAUUGAUCGGUUCGUGUCUCGAUCCAGUCUGACUUUGAAAACACCGAGCUGGACCAGGACCGGCUCGCUUAACCCGAGCUAACUGUUAGCUAACUGCUAGCUAGCUGUUAGCUAACAGUUAGCUAACUGGCCUCAUUUAAUAAACAAGCUACUGUUCAAAGGUCA